CUUUAGGCUUCCUUUUUAUUUCACACCCUCCACCACUAUCAUGAUGGCUUCCAAGCAGUUGCAGUAACACAAAUCUAUUGGCUGUGGCGAACCUCCAAAAUCGGUCGAACCGACAAGCAGCCCCGCGUUUAUGGCGCUUGUUACUUCGUACUUGCCUCUUGGAGAUGGACGUACUAUCGCCCCGCUCCUCAGAUACCAAUCGAGGACACCAUGUGUGCGCUCUCACUGCUCUACUUCCAAUCGGUGCAAUUGUUGCCCAUUAUUUUGCUAGUCCUUCAGCUGUACCGACGGGAACGUACCUACUUUGGCUCGUUCGGUUCCUGCAUAUCGAUAUCUCCUAUGAACUAGGCUAUGAAGUAGAUACGAGCCCAAGUGGGAUGUGAUAAAAGUGAAUAUAAAGGUAGGAGGACUUUCUCAUCUUUGCAGGCUUACUCCGUAAGUAUCUCAGCAGCUGCUUGAAUAUUCAAAAUGGCACCUCUUUCCUCUCUUCUUCUUUCUUUGGGUCUUGCAGUUCCAUGUUUUGCGGCUUGCAAUGCGGAUAAUUGUUUGCGAGCUUUACGCGCACCAGCUCGACUCGAGGAGGCUCAAUUAUUCUGUGCUACCUUUACCACUGCUGCCGUCUCUGCUGCGAGUGCCAUUCCUUCUUAUGCCGUUGUAGGAUGUACCGGAGAUGUUGCAAGCAGAGUGAGUAGUGCAUGUACUUGCAUCGCAAGCUCGACUCCGGUCACUUCAACCUCGAGUCCUCUCACUACAAGUACUUCCAUCUCAGUCACCAUAGAAUCGACGAGUUCAGCACCAACCAGCUCGGCUACAGGUUUUCCUUCAGGCCCGAAAGCGUGUGGGAAUUCGGAGUUGAGCUGUCAUAAUACCACAGUGGCGGAGGACCUGUGUUGUUUCAAUGCGCCAGGAGGGCAGUUAUUACAAACACAAUUUUGGGAUACUGCACCAAGCACUGGUAAGCCUAAACUUUGCGUCUCAGUUAUGGUAGCAGAGAAAGAGCGGGCAAAAUAAUCUGGCAUGGAAAGUUGGCUAAUGCGAACUCAAGGGCCAAACAAUUCAUGGACUCUUCACGGGCUUUGGCCAGAUAGAUGUGAUGGCACCUACGACGCGAAUUGUGAUGCAUCCCGAGAAUACUCCAAUAUUACCCAAAUCCUUCAAUCGUAUGGCAAAACAGAUUUAUUGGCAUACAUGGGCAAAUACUGGAAGGAUUAUCAAGGGAAUGAUGAGAGCUUCUGGGAGCACGAAUGGGACAAACACGGAACCUGCAUCAGCACGUUGGAGCCAAGUUGUUAUAAUGGAUACAAAGGGCAGGAGGAAGUGGUUGAUUAUUUUGAAAAGGCUGUAAGCUUGUUUGCGGGACUAGAUACUUAUGCUGUAAGCUUCGAAUGUUCACUUCUUGUAACCACGAUUACUGACACAAACCGUAGUUUCUAGAAGCUGCGAGUAUCAUUCCCUCAACUACAGCAACUUACACCUUUACCCAAAUCCAAGACGCUUUGACUGCAGCUCACGGAUUUCCUGUCACCAUCUCCUGCAAGGGAGGCGCCUUAGACGAGGUAUGGUACCACUAUAAUGUACGAGGAAAUGUUCAAACCGGAGACUUUGUCCCAACUUCCCCAGAUGGAAGUAAAUCUUCAUGUCCGGAUAAUGGAAUCAAGUACCUCCCAAAACACCAGACAGCAACACCAACAUCAACGACUACUGGAAGUAUUCCGACUUCAACCGCAGCUCCUUAUACCGGCAGGGGAUUUUUACAAGCUUAUACUGGGGGAACCAACAAGGGGUGCUUAAUCAGUGCGGGGACAUGGUACACAACCGGUACCUGCGCUGGUUACACAGCCGCAGCUUCGGGUAAUUACCCUUCCCACCUAUCGCAAAAAACUCAAAAGCUAACAACACUACCAGGCGACGGUUUUACACUCACCAGUAGCAAAGGCCCCUGUGCUAUGAUUGCAAAUUCAUUCUCUUGCGCCGUCACCAAUACAGCGGGUGAGGUCUUCACUGUAAGUCGACUCCUUGUAUCCUUGGACCAAACUGCAAUACUGAUGAUGUGAUGCAACUAGAAUCUCAAUGGCUCGUUGGCUUAUGCUGCGAGCUCUACUUUCUACGCUGCUGCGAUUCCGACCGGGUCUGUGCAGCAGAAGAUUUAUACACAGGGGAAUACUACUAGUAAUGCUGUGGAGGUUUCUUUUGUCUGGCAGGGUAUCUAGUGAGAUCUUUGUUUGUGCAUGUUAGUGGAGUUUGGACUUGGGAUUUCUCUUAGGUAUGGCUAGAAAGAGAGAUGUACUGGUGCGUGCUCUACCUAUUAGCGAGGUAAUGAGGUUAUUUAACUAAGUGCUUUUACUUGUAUUUCCUUAAUGAGAA